UAGAGAUGAUCCAGUGAGGCACAUUAGAACCAAUCAUGGUGUUUCCCCGACAAAAAAAGAAACCAAUGACUAAAUUAAUGGUCUCACUCUCAAACUAAAAAUACACACAAAUUUUAAAGACAAAAAAACAUAAACACUAGAACACAUGACAUAGCCAUAGAGAGAGAUAACAAAGAACAUAAAAGAGGUUCUUUUCCAAGUUUCCAUAGCUGCUGCAACCCGAGAAACUUGUUCCGGGUCGGGUUGAAUCUUCAAAGGGUAGAGAGAAAAAUGGGUUGGAUUCCAUGUUCUGGAAAUUCAGGAACUAAGAAGAAGAUAGUGAAGAUGGAAGUUCAAGAUAGUGUUGCUCCUCAGAUUAAAGCUACCCCAGGAAAGUUGAAGAGGAAUUCUUCAACAAAUUCCAAAGAUACAUCUAAAAAUGGGAGCACUGAACACAUUGCAGCACAAACUUUCUCAUUCCGUGAGUUAGCAACUGCAACUAGAAAUUUUCGAGCAGAAUGUCUUUUGGGGGAGGGAGGCUUUGGUAGAGUAUACAAAGGGCAUCUGGAAAGUAUUAAUCAGGUUGUCGCCAUCAAGCAACUUGACCGAAACGGACUCCAAGGGAAUAGGGAAUUCCUUGUUGAAGUAUUGAUGUUAAGUCUACUUCACCACCCUAACCUUGUCAACCUUAUUGGUUAUUGCGCCGAUGGAGAUCAAAGGCUUUUAGUUUAUGAAUAUAUGCCAUUAGGAUGCUUGGAAGAUCACUUGCAUGAUAUUUCUCCUGCCAAGAAACGGCUUGACUGGAACACACGAAUGAAAAUAGCUGCGGGGGCAGCAAAGGGGUUGGAAUAUCUACACGACAAAGCUAAUCCUCCGGUCAUAUACCGAGAUUUGAAGUGCUCCAACAUUUUGCUUGGUGAAGGGUAUCACCCAAAGUUAUCUGAUUUUGGUUUGGCCAAACUAGGCCCGGUCGGAGAAAACACCCAUGUAUCGACAAGAGUUAUGGGAACCUAUGGAUAUUGUGCUCCAGAGUAUGCGAUGACUGGUCAACUCACUCUAAAAUCAGAUGUUUAUAGCUUUGGCGUAGUUCUUCUCGAAAUAAUUACAGGAAGGAAAGCAAUUGACUAUUCGAAAUCCGCAGCAGAACAAAAUCUUGUAGCAUGGGCUAGACCGUUGUUCAAAGAUCGAAGGAAAUUUUCACAAAUGGCCGAUCCUAUGCUUCAAGGUCAGUAUCCUUCAAGAGGUCUAUACCAGGCCCUUGCUGUUGCAGCAAUGUGUGUUCAGGAACAAGCUAACAUGCGUCCGGUUAUAGCUGAUGUUGUCACGGCUUUGUCUUACCUUGCAUUGCAAAAACACGAUCCCAAUACAGUCCAAAACUCUCGCCUCGCUCCUAGUACUCCUACUAGAACCAGGAGGGGGCGAUGACACAGAGCUAAAUGUUUGGCGGGUAUAAAAUAUUCUGGUGAAAAUUUCGAAUAUGUUGUUUAAUGGGGUCAUAACAUGCUUCAAAAUAUAGGUUUAUAUAGAUGUUAAUAUCGGGUGGUCUUUUGUGGUGUUAUCUUAUCUCAGCUCAUAGGAUAUGGAUAGUUCCGGAAAAAAAAAACCUUGUAGAAUUUUGUUCUACGUUUUGGUGUUCAAAACUGCUCCUAUUUCUAUUUAGAGCUAAGGUGGUAUUUCCUCUUUUUCUAUAAAUAUUUAUUGAAGAGCAAUUUUUUUGAUUCAUAAUUGAUGAUUCAUGGCAAAAAAUAGAAACUGCAAAACGUUGGUUCCAUGGUUAGGCAGGUCCAUCCAAUUGAAUUUUGCAAGUGUUUCUUGCAAGUGGCGUUCCAACACGGCAGAGAAACUCCUAAGCAUAGUGUUUUGUACUGGUUUGCAGCAUCCUCUUCUGCAGUACCUGUACCUGUACCUUUGGCUAUUUGAUUAGAGUUGGAACAGUACUCUAUGUUCCAACAAUAUUUGACUUUGACAAUGCUUGCUUGUUUGACAAUGUAACCUCAAUUGAGUAAGUUCCCUUUGGUUCACUUA